AUGGCCAACUCAGUGGCCACCUUUGCUUCGAGAGGUGCUGUCGUCAGCAUUGUUUUCGUUGCAGUUCUCUACCAAUUUCUUUUCAAACACUUCAUUUAUCAAACCCUCGGUUAUGGACGUGAGGUCCAGUCAAUCGAUGAAUUCCCCGAUUUGAAGUGCGAGAAUGUCGACGAGCUAGGACUUGAGGGGUGCGAGGACAUGUGGCUGCACGAGAAGACUGGACAUCUUUACAUGGCAUGUUCAGACUCUCAGAGUCGUACUCAAUGGCUUCCUGCGGUCCAUCAUCUCAAUGCCUCCGGGCGCGGCUUGACAGACCGUAUCGCCGUCCUCGACACCCGGGGCUCAGGCCGUCUUGCCUCACGUAUCAAGUGGCUCGCCAUCGAGGACUUCUCUGGUAUCAAUGGUGAUGGAACUUUGAACCUACACGGUCUCAAUAUUCGCGCAGACGAAAACACGGACACCCUCCACAUCCUGCUCAACAAUCACCGCCCCCCGCUCGAUCCAGUCACUGGAGCUUUUCUUGAUGCUUCAAAAUUUGGUGCCAAUUCUACCAUCGAACAAUUCCAGACGAAAGUUGGAAGUGACAAGAUGCGUCACGUGCAGACAUAUACCGACCCGCUCAUCCAGACCCCCAAUCGAGUCGCUUGGGUGAGCGAAGAUACCUUUGUCUUUACGAAUUCACAUAGUGCUAAGGUUGGAUUUCGUCAAUCACUAGACGUGAUCAUUGGAGGAGGAGCAGUAAUUUACUGCCAUCGCAACCGCUGCCACAAUGCUUCUCCGGACUCUAAAUUAAAGUUACCAAAUGGUCUCGUCAGAGGGCGAGAUGGUCUCAUCUACGUACCAAGCUCAAUAGACGGUACAGUCGCCGUCUUCGAACUCACCGCAGACCAUCUCCUAGAAAAAAUCAGAACCAUCGAAACAGGCUUCCCACUCGACAACCUGUCAGUUGAUAAAAACGGCGAUCUCUUCGCCGCAGCCUUUCCACGUCUACACAUCUGGUUAGAAUCCUCUGCUACACCCUUCGACAUUAAAGUUCCCAGCACGGUGUUGAAGAUCAAGAGAGCUGGAAAAGGGGACCAGGGUGCAGGCAGCAAAGGCCAUCCGGGUCACGAUGCGCAGUACACCGUUGAUAAGCUACUGGAGGAUGACGGAACAGUGUUAUCUGGGUUGACAAUCGCGGUCCAUGAUACCCAGACUGGGAGGCUUUUUAUGGGAGGUGUCAUGUCGCCUUUCAUUACCAUUUGUGAGCCUCGCGGGAAGUAG